CCCAGCUCAAGUCGCUCCGAGGCCGACCCGGGCAGGAUGGGUGGCGCGCUGGGGCCAGAGGGGAGCCCCGGCUGGUGGCCCCCCGGGACCUAGCCGAGGGGUGAAAUAGAUCAGCAAAGCCCCCCGGACUGCAUGGGGGGGCUGCAGGAGAAGCUGCCUCUUCGUACCCAAAGAAGGACCCAAGUAAAGUCCCCCCAGCCCUGUGUGAUCCCCUAGGACCAGGGGGGGGGCCGGCCGGGUGCGCCCCUUCGCCCUGCCCGCUGCAGUCACCCGGGGUUUCAGCUGCGGGGGGGGGGGGGUUUCUGGACCAUCCCCCUUGACGGAUUCUGGUCUCGGCGUGGGAACCGCAAUGGGGGCUCAUCGCGGGCUUUGGCAGCGCCCUGGAGUUGCUGAAGGGGGAGCUGGCGUGUGCGCCCCGGGCCCCAGCCACUGGAGAUGAAGUGGGGGGCGGGGGGGGGCACGGCGGAAAAGCGUUUACAUGCCAGCGCCUGUUCCUGUCUUCCACGCCGCAUUGGCUGUUCCCACUGGAUCGUGACUGCAGGAGACAAAGGUGCCUUGGAAACCGGGCAAGUGGCGGGGGGGGAUUAUUCCGGCCAGCUCCCUGCCGAUAGAAGAUCCCUGCCUACGCCACCUUUCUAAAAGUGAACUAUAUUAAAAAACCAAACAAGCCCAGACCUCUGGUGGUGCUUUGCUCCAGAGACCGCAACGCGCGUUGCAAAGGACUGUCUGGGGCUGGCAUGGAAGGGACAGCUGCCCCCUGCAGCGCUGUGCUUAGCUCCCCAUCUGUCACCUGAGGGGCAGCACCUCUUGCUCUGCGAACAAACAUGUGAAGAGAAGACCAUGCGCCCACUAGCUGGCAUGUGCGUAGCUUUGUGCCUGGUGAUCGUGGGACUGGCAGACGGGGCUGACCCGUGCCUUGUCUCUGCCAACAAUGAAAUCGCCACCUGCAAGGGUCAGAACCUGAACCGCGUUCCCCAGCAUCUUCCCUGCACCCUGCUCAGACUGGAUCUCUCGUAUAACAAGCUCAAAGAGAUCACCGCAGGGGACUUCUCAGCGCUGACCCGGCUGCAGAGCUUGGACCUGGGCUACAACGUCAUCUCGCACAUUGUGGAACAUGCCUUCGUCUCCAACGUCCAGCUGGAGGAACUCAGCCUAUUCAACAACUCCCUGCGCCGGAUCCCCUCGCUGGCCCUGAAGCCUCUGAGGAAACUGAGGCGGCUGGACAUGUCCAACAACUUGUACCUCCGCUCAACUCUGGACGAGGUCUUCAGCACUCUGAGGAACCUGCAGGAGUUCUCCAUGGGUGGGUCUCUGAUCCAGACGGUCGGCAAGUGGGACUUCCUCCCGCUGAGGGAUAUAGCCUUGCAGAAGUUUGCCCUGAAGACAGCGUCCAGCCUACUGGAGUAUCAAGAAGGGGCAUUCUCGGUGCUCAAUACCACAGCCCUGUGGUGUGACAUAGCCCUGGACAAAAAUGCCCAGGCCUUGCCCAUGAUGCUGCGGGACCUGAGGGGUAAGCCGCUGCAGUACCUCCGCUUCCGCAACCUCUUUGAGUUCAACUACUACACUGAGUCCACAGAUCUCUUCUCUGGCUUGGCCGAGGUGCGAGCCAGCAAGCUGGUCUUCUACCGGGGCAAGUUCAACGAGAACCUGUUACGUCUGGCCCUGCUGAACAUCCAGAAGUCCAGCAUCCGUGACCUCUCCCUGAUAGCCAUUGACUUCGCCCGCUCUUCCCAGUGGAACCGCUCGGAAGCAGGCAUCGCCAACCUGACCCUGGACAGCUUGUUGCUGAAAGACAUCAGCAACCCCGAUGUCCUGCGUUUCGAUUGGACCUUCACCUGGUUCAGCGGCGUGGCCAACCUCUCCAUUCUCAACAUCAACUUCAACUUCGUGCCCUGCGACACCUGGGACGAGAUGCGCAACGUGGUGACCCUGGACAUCUCCAACAACCGAUUGAGGGAUGCCUACAUCUACAACCAGGGCUGCAACUACCAGGACGUCAUGCCCAAGCUGGAGCGGUUCCUCAUGGCCAAAAACGAGCUGACCAGCCUGUCCGUAGUGGCUAAGCUCACGGUCAAUUGGCCUCGCCUGACCCAUAUCAACGCCAGCCACAACCGCAUCGGGGGCCUGAAGGAGACGGCGUGCCAGUGGAAUCCUGGCCUGGUCUGGCUGGCCCUGGACCACAACACUGUUACCAUGGAGAUCUUCAAGUGCCUGCCCAUCACCCUUCACUACCUGGACCUGUCCUCCUCUGAGCUGGACCGGCUGGAGAUGAGCUACUUUGUCCGCUGCCAAGACCUACAGGAGCUGAAGCUGAGUGGAAACAAGAUCAAGUUCAUUCCCUCAGAGUGGAGAUGCCCCAGCCUGCGAAUACUGGCCAUGGAUGGCAACUCCUUUGGUGUCAUCAGCAAGGGCUCCUUCGUCAACAUGCCAGAGCUGACCAGCCUCAAGGCCGGGAACAACCCCUAUCACUGCACCUGUGACCUCUACGGCUUCCUGCAGGAGACUCAGAGGAAGGGUAAGCUGACCCUGCUGGACUGGCCCGGGGGCUGGACGUGCUUCCAUCCGGAGUCCCUGCUGGACGUGGGCGUGGCUGCCUACACCCCGGGGGUGAUGGAGUGCGAUGUGAGGGUGGUGGUGGCCAUCUCUGUCUCAGUCACGGCCGCUGUGAUCAUUGCAACCAUGGUGCUGUGCUGGAGGUUCGACGUGCUGUGGUAUCUGCAAGCCACCUACCGCAUCGUCCGUUCGAAGUACCGCGCCCGCCACGCUCACCCCACUCGGGCCUACACCUACCACGCCUUCAUCUCCUACAGCUGCUCAGACGCCGACUGGGUGAGGCAGGAGCUGCUCCAGCGGCUGGAGAGCUCCAGCCCCCCGUACCGCAUCUGCAUCCAUGAGAGGGACUUCACACCGGGCAAGUGGAUCAUCGACAACAUCAUCGAGAACAUCGAGAGCAGCUACAAGAUCAUCUUCGUCCUCUCCCGCAACUUCGUCGACAGUGAGUGGUGCAACUACGAGCUCUACUUCGCCCACCAGCGGGCCGUGGGGCUGGGCUACGAGGACGUCAUCCUGGUGGUGAAGGAGGCCAUCGAUCCUCAGAGCCUGCCUCACAAGUUCUGCAAGCUGCGGAAGAUGCUGAGCACCAAAACUUACCUGGAAUGGCCUUCGGAGCCUAGCCGGCAGCCUUUCUUCUGGGUACAGCUCAGGAAUGUGCUGGGGAAACCAGGAGCGGCCGAGCCCAGCCAGGACCAGGUCUCGCUGGCCAGCGUGGAGUUGGGCUCAGAUGAGAGUGUGGACAAUCUGGCUGAAGAGGAAACUGCCAUUGACGCCGUGGCUAGCCCUGCAAGCUAGCGCUCGCUUGGACUCCA